AUGGCGGCGCCCAGUGGCAAGCUCUGCCUCUUCGACGUGGACGGGACCCUGACGGCCCCGCGGCAGAAAAUCACCCAAGAAAUGGAUGACUUUCUCCAAAGGUUGAGGCAGAAGAUCAAAAUUGGAGUUGUGGGCGGCUCGGACUUUGAAAAAAUGCAGGAACAGCUGGGAAAUGAUGUGGUUGAGAAAUAUGAUUACGUGUUUCCAGAAAAUGGCUUGGUAGCAUACAAAGAUGGGAAGCUCUUAAGUAAACAGAGCAUCCAAGAUCACCUUGGGGAAUCCCUAAUCCAGGACUUGAUCAACUUCUGUCUGAGCUACAUAGCAAAGAUCAAACUCCCCAAAAAAAGGGGCACAUUCAUAGAGUUCCGCAACGGGAUGUUGAAUGUGUCUCCAAUCGGGAGGAGCUGCAGCCAGGACGAGCGGAUUGAGUUCUCGGAGCUGGACAAGAAAGAAAAUAUCCGGCAGAAAUUUGUGGAGGAACUGCGAAAAGAGUUUGCUGACAAGGACAUCACCUUCUCCAUAGGUGGUCAGAUCAGCAUCGACAUUUUUCCCAAGGGCUGGGACAAGCGCUAUUGCCUGGGUCAUGUGGAGAAGGAUGGCUACGACACCAUUUAUUUCUUUGGAGACAAAACCAUGCCCGGCGGGAAUGACUAUGAGAUCUUCUCGGACCCCAGGACCGUGGGGUACACAGUGUCGGCACCUGAGGACACGCACAGGAUCUGUGAGGGCCUCUUCUGAGGGGAUUCCCCCCCA